CUCCUGAUUUCGAGCUCCCUAUAACAGCGCUUCGAUUGACAUUGUUUACGUGCGUGUGGCCCGUGCGUGAGCUAUUCGAGAGGCCACGGCCUCACGCACAUGGCCCCAGUCAUGCCCAGAUGCUUGUCCGAUCUGGUUCGCUUGUUCGUUCCGCGCACCACGCCUUCACGCGUUCUGGUAGGUACGCAAUUCCGGCGACCCCGCUUGCACAUCCAGGCCGAUAGAAUUCAUUUUGCGGAGUGGACGCUGGCCAGUGUAUACGACAUGUCUUGGCAACCUAAUACGUCAACCUUCCAGUCACACGCCUCCGUUCGUACGGCAUUUUCUCGGGCUCAAGCAGCGGCGCAAUCCAGACACACCUUUUGGAGACCGCUGCAGCUUCGAGAGCCAAUAUGAGCAGCGGGCCCCAGGCCCUGGGUCCUGAAAGCAAUGGCCCGUGGGCCCAGGCUCGGGAUGCUCAUUCCCUGAUCCAGUUUGCUCAGUGGCCCGCGAGGAACGCCAGCGUGGGUAACGAAGGGUUCCUGCAUAACUCCACCAGCAUAUCCCUCAGCGCCAGGCGUAUUGGAUGCCAUCGGACCAGCACGCGCCACUGUCGGGCCCGAGCGCCCUCCCCCCCGGCCAGGCCUGCAUGCGGCAGGCGCUGCGCGCACGUGCGAUGCGCGCGGCGGUGGCGUGCCGGAGGGGGGCCUCCCCCACGUCAGGGGCCGAGGCGCCCAGGCUUCCCGAGCCGGCUGCCCAGGUCGACGCGCUGCACGCGCCCCUCUGGGGCCCAGGCUCCAUCCUUCCAGGCUUCUGGCACCAGGGCCUCGGAGCAGCUCCCGGCGCCGAGAGCGACGCCCAGGCCUGCCGGCGGGCCACGUUGCCGUGGUCGGCGGGCCAGUUCGAGGGCCUGGGCGCGCGGCUCUCGCAUCCCGCCGCCCUGCCCCAGGGCCUCUGGCCUCGCAGCCUCGAGGCUCCGGGCGCCGAGGACCUCGUCCGAGCAUGCAUGCGGCAGGCGCUGCGCGCACGCGCGGCGCGUGCGGCGGCGGCUUGCCGGCGCGGGGCUCCGUCCACGGCGGGGGUCGAGGCGGCCAUGUUUCCCCAGGUGGUUGCCCAGUUCGAGGCGCUGGAUAUGCCCAACCAGCUGUCACCCAGGGAGCCGGCCGUGGUCGCGGUCGGGAGCGAGUCCCUCCCAUCCAACGAGCCACCCGCAGUGGGGCAGCCGGAUGCGUUAUUGAUCGACUUGCUGGAGAAGGCGGCAUGCAGUCAGCAGGAGGCCAAGGUGGAGAAUCUGAUUGAUUCAUUGCUCCCGAAGCGCAAGGAGCGCAAGGACGAGUUCGACGAGAAGCCCAACGCAGGCGACGCCGCUCUGAUCGCGAAGGGAGUGAACUCACAGUGCCAGAGAACGGACGUGCACGCUCACGAGGUCAUUCGGCAGUCAUUGGGGCGAAAAACGAGCCCACUCAUCCGAGACGUGCGGGACGUCGAGGAGGAGUUUGGUGACGCGUCGCGUUCGCGGCCAAGGGCACCUCGCUUCAGCAGGCCCCUGUGCCAUGGUCCUGGUGCCAAGUCGCAAGACCCGCGCCGAGAACAGAGAGCAGUUUCCGUUGACCCACUCCCAGGAGACACUUGAAAAAGAUCGCCGUCACAUCUAGGAUACCGCCCGGCUCUACGGUCUGCUGCGUUUGUCCAGAAAGGGCACCACAUGGGCCGAUACCCAGGAAAGGAGUUGGGAUAAACAUGAUAUUUCGGAGUUUGGCGCGGGUCUUUUGAAUCUGCGCUGGGCCCCCUCCAUGGCGCGCGGAGCGCGCCAGGGGCGGCGCCAGAGUCGCCGACAGGGGGGCCCAGCGCCAAUCCAGGCAAAUCCGCGCGGAGCUCUGAAAAUUCAGGCGUACGCCGUUGUUUUCUUGCUGCAGAUGCGGACCGUGGCGCCCGCUAUGGCACUGUCGGUGCUCCUCUCGGGGCACGUGCCCCUCCCUUGCCCUCCCUGCCGCGAGGCGCAGCAGCGCGCCCUCUCGCGUGCGGCCUGCCGCCUCCAUCGCGCGCGCGUGCCGCAGCAUCGCGCGUGCGUACCAGCCCGUAUAGCCGAGAGGAUAGGGGCAGACAACUCACCGAUCCAGCGACGGGCUGAGGCUGCUCAGUGUACCCGUGCAGUCAGCACGGCGAGCGAGGAUGAGCGAUUUUCUAGGUUUAUCCUUGCAUCCUUCCCCUCUGGCCCAUCCUCGGCCGCUUUCGCUGGCUGCGCCCCGUUCGAGAAGUGUCGGCAUGGCCUUCCAAGGCCUUGGCAGUCUCUCUCACUGUCUCUCUUUCUCUCUCUCUGUCUAUCUCCAUGUUGUUUUAUCAAUAUUUGUUUUCUUCUCUCUCUCUCUCUCUCUCCUUCUCUCCGAUUUUCAAUUUGGGGCUCUCGGUUUCACUUCGGUCUCCCCCCCCGAAUUUCCGCAUGAUGGUGCUGUUCAGAAGCGUCUGGUCAGAUCGGCCACGGUGCGUGCCAGUGCUAGCCCCUGUUGUCCUGGCUGGCCCGCCGAUCCAUGUGAGCCAACACACGCCCCAUCCAUCCCCCUCCUCCUUCCCUCAAUUUCCUUCCCUCCCAUCCCCCUCCUUUAUGUUUCCUUUGUUGCCUCGAAGAUUGGCCUUUAGUUUGGGCAUGUUACCGGAUCAAGCGCAAAGCAGCACGAAGCUUGGGUUCUUUGAAGUGGUCAUGUCCGUGGAGGCACGUUUCAAAGGGCUCGGCAAAUGCCGGAUCCGUUGAGCUUGUUGGACUUGACAUUCGCUCCUUCUGCUGCUCGUCGCACCAGCUGUACUAUUAACCAUUAUGCUACUUCGGUGGCACGCCCCACAUCAUUCAGUGCGGGAAGCUCGCCAGCCUCCUUGUUACCACGCAUGCCACUCAAAGCCCGCGCGCGCGGUGAAGGUGGAUGAGGAAGAAACGGAGGAGAAGAGAGCCAAAGAGGCACGGACGAGGGAAUGCCUGGGAUCUUUGAGAGGACACAAGGACGCUGGAAGGGCCUUGCGCAGCUCUGGUGGGCUGGUGGCCGUGAUCGUUGCUGGUGCUGCUCGCUUCUCUUCGCGGUGGCGACUGUCAAAGGCGUGACACGAUCAGCCCCCGCACUCAGAGAAGGAAAAGGUAAUAGAACCGCUACCCUUCGCCCGGUUCCCCCUUUUGGGGCCUCCCAGGAGGCCCCCUCGUCGCCACCGCUGGAUAUUCGCCUCGACAUCCUGGACAGGACGCCCCCCCAGGAGAAGGCCGGGGAGUGGCAGUGUUGGUACCUUUUUGUUCCCCCCCCGCAUACACCCCCGAGAUCCGACGUUGCGAGCAGAACUGCAGCAUCUCGAAAAAUCACGACCGGAGCCUUGCACCCUGAUCGAUCUGGGGCACAACCCAACGCCGGGCGAAAAUUCCCGGUGUGAAAAAGAGGCAGCGUCCUCGGGCGUGA